AUGUCCUCGACUUCUCCCCUUCUACCUUACACACCCAUUUCGCCAACCUCGACCGGCGACCUCAACCACUUCAUCAACAUCAUCACCGAUGCGUUCUCCGAAACAGCGCUCACAACAGCAUUCAUCGCCGACAUUGACGGAACAAAACCCCCUUAUCCGUCGCCAUCGAUCGAUUCGGCACGACGGUUCCGCCAUUUCUCCCAAGGCAUCCUUGACAGUGCCGCUUCAAACGCCGAGCUCGUUCAAGCCGGAAAUUGGUCGGUCAUUGCACUCUGGGAACCGCCAACAUACGUGGGCAAGGCGUUUAUCGACUCCAGGACACGGCCCGGCGAACUGCUGGCCGAGUGGAGAGAGAAAGUCAAGGCUGCAAAGGCCAGGUGUCUCGGUUUGGCCUCUUCUAAGACAUCGAUAGCUUCGGACUCUCCAAGCCCGGAGUCCGAGGAUACUCGACCUGAAGUCGAGUUUGAACCCGGACCCCAACUCCGACCUUUCUACCAUCUGUCUUUCCUAGCACGAAACCCCUCUGCCCCACGUGUGGAGGGUAGUAUCAACGCGGUAAUGACGCCUUUCCUGGAGCGGGCGAGGGCCGAAAACGUACCCGCAUGGCUGGAGGCGACGACAAGACAGGCCGUCAGGGUAUAUGAGCAUUUCGGGUUCCGUGUGGUGGAGGGAAUUGUGGUGGGCCAAGGGAAGGUCGAUGCCGGAGGUUGGCCCACCCAGGAUGGAAGUGGAGAGGGAGUCACAGCAUGGGCCAUGAUUUUUGAUGGUCACUUGAGAGACUGA